AUGGCAGCACUGGCGUCCUUGAUGCUCAAGUCCAGAGGAGGUCAAUUAGUGCCCACUCAGUCUUAUCUUCUGGACUCAGUGAGGUUUGCUUCCAAGAAGGCUGGUGGCAGCUCCAAGAACAUAGGAGGAAAGAGUCCUGGCCGAAGAUAUGGCUUCAAGAAACAGGAUGGUAACUUUGUCCACGCUGGCAACAUAUUGGCGACACAGAGGCAGAUGAGGUAUCACCCGGGAGCACAUGUUGGAAUGGGAACCAACAAGACUCUGUUUGCUUUGGAGGACGGUUACGUCAGGUUCACCAAGGACGUCUACGUCCCGCCCCCCCGCAGCUCCGAGGCCACCUCCGUCAUCACCAAGCUGCCCAAAGGAGCCGUGCUCUACAAGACCUUCAUCAACGUCCUGCCCGUCGGCCAGGAGAGCAAGUUCAAGUUGGUGGACAUGGUCUGA